AUGAGGAUCGCGACACUUCAGUUUGCCCCACAAUUAGGUGAUGUCAAGGGUAAUAUCAAGAGAGCCGAUGAGUUACUGAAGAAUGGGAAGGUGGUGCGAGGUGUAGGUACGGGGGCGGUUGCCCUUGGUGUUUUGAAGCCAGACAUUCUGAUUCUGCCCGAGCUGGCCUUGACGGGUGAGUGCGACUUUGUCCUCCCUUUGACUGUCACACUAUGCAUGGGCUGCGGGAUGGUUGGGCUGGGAUACAACUUCCCCUCCCUGGAGGCUAUCAAGCCGUAUCUGGAACCGGCAGGAGAAGGUCCCUCGGCUGACUGGGCCCGGCAGACCGCCCAGCGCCUACAGUGCAAAGUCUGCGUGGGGUAUCCUGAGGUCUACAUGAAGACAGCGACCCGGGAAGGAGAUGAGUCAAGUAGUCAGCACGAGACUUAUUAUAAUUCUCUCCUUGUGGUCGAUGAGAACGGUCGGGACAUUCUCAACUACCGUAAAUCCUUUCUCUAUUACACGGACGAAACCUGGGCAUCAGAAGGUAGCGUGGACCGUGGGUUUGAGGAUCUGAUAUUCCGGAAAGGGGAUCAGCACUCCCACGAGUCACACAUAGCCACCUCCUUUGGGAUCUGUAUGGACAUCAACCCGUACAAGUUUGAGGCCCCGUUCACGGCAUGGGAAUUUGCCAAUCGAGUUAUGGACUCGAAGUCUCAGCUGGUCAUUCUGUCCAUGGCUUGGCUAUCUUCUCUGGGUCGGGAGGAGCUGGACCUCCUCGCGGAUGAGCCUGAUCUAGAUACGUUCAAUUAUUGGAUCCAGCGAUUCUUGCCACUCGUCACGAAAAGAAUGAGUCAUGAAGUUAAUUUGAACGAGGAUGGCUCUGAUCGAAGCAAGGAUAUCGUUAUCGUCUUCGCCAAUCGAGCGGGAGAGGAGCCAGGAGCAGCGGGGGCGAACCCGGCGCGUUACGCCGGUACCAGUACCAUUAUCGCCAUCUCACAAAGGCCCAAGACCCUUCCCGCGUCGGAAGCUGCUCGUUCAGAUAAUUUGAGCAGGUCCAAAGCACAGACGGACUCGGGGGAUGACGGAGAAAGCCAAUUUGACGUCAAAAUCCUUUGUUGGGACAUGAUGGGCGCAACUACGGAAGGGAUAUGUUUUGCUGAUACUGCGGCAGACCCGAGCAUGGUUUUUGCGUUAGCAAAGCGAUCGUCGAGCUAA